AUGUGGCCUUUAUUGUCCGUUUCAUUAUGUGAGAGAAUGACACACAAAUCCAGAUGAAGGCAUCAGUUAACAAACAGGAAAAAGUUAGAAACUAAACGAAGCUAUUGCUUCCUUGCCAGGAAGAAAAGGGUGAAACUUUAUUUAAUGAUUAAGUGAAAUUCCUCCCUGGCCUUGCUGCACCUGUCCGGUGGGUGUUGGCCCCGCCCUCCUCCCGGGAAUCCCGCAUAUUUUCGGAAACGACGGGCGAGGCGGGGCUGCGUCCCGCCCGCCCCGCCCCGCCCCGCUCCUCCCAGCCGCACGUCUACGGGCUGCACCUCCUCUAAAGCGCGUCGUCUUCCUUGUGCAGGCUGCAGGGUCAGGUGUCGUCGCAGGUAGAGCGUCGUAGUCGCGUCGUUUUUGGGGUCAGCACCAUGGGGAGAAUAGAGUGGGCCAUGUGGGCCAACGAACAGGCUCUGGCUGCAGGCCUCAUUCUUCUCGCCGGAGGAAUUGUGGGAGUGGCGGGGCAGUUUAGAGGCUGGGAGUUUGCUUCUUAUGCUAUUGCUGCUGGGGUCUUUGUGUGCCUGCUCGAGUAUCCCAGGAGCAAAAGGGCCAAGGGUACGAGUGUGGAAAGGACGGGCCAGUACUGCUUCACAGUGUGUGUAAAAGCCUUCGGACCAGUAACAAGAAACUAUUAUGUCAGAGCGUUUCUGCAUGCAGCGCUUUGUGUACCUGGAGGUUUUAUGCUUGCCACAGUUUUAGGAUGUGUCUGUCUUGGCAUUGCCAGUCUCAUCUAUCUGGCAGCAGCUGUCCGAGGUGAACACUGGGAACCAAUUCUUCCUCGCAAAGAUACUCGGAAACCUGUUGCUGAAAGCAUCAAAAGUCCUCCUCAGAACCCACCACCACGACCUCCUCCAGAGAUACGCCGGAAGCAAGCCAAGGAUGUGGAGGGAGCUGCCUAUGACAAUCCCAUGUCUGUGACAGAUGACGAGUAACUGGACCCCCCUCACAGAAUGGUGGAGGAACGGUUCGCUCAAGUUAGUGACCCUGGAGAAAUACAAGAAGCUGAGAUCAAAGAAAAAAGUUGAUAUGAUCAAAAAGUUGAUAUGAUCAAAAAUAUACCACAUACGGUAGAUGUAAAUGCUGUAGCUGCUAGUUUGAAAAUGUAAAUAUACUGUUGUCAGUUUUAAGUACUGUAUGUGUUAGUGUUUACUGUUUGGAAAAAUAUUCAAAAGGUCCAAGUCAAUAUCUGUUUCCUGUUCCAGCGAUCAUAACUUUUAUAAAAGUUUUUAUAUUUUAUAAAAGUGAUCUAGAAAAAUGUGUAUUUACUUGUUUCUGGAGUUUUUGAAAGCAGCUAAAUGCAGGUUGUGAUUAAAGAAUGAAAAAGUACAGAUUGAUGAGAUGAUCUGUGUUUUUGGGUGCAUCAUGGCGAUAAAGCAAUUCAUGUUGUCUCAUACUUCUGUGGUGAUUUCUUGCUUUCUUUUAAUUGUUAUCUGUCAUCUGUUUUUGCUUUUGUGUUUUUGUUCCUGUGGAAAAUAUUCAAAGCAGGGGCAUUUGCAACUUCUCGCUUUUACAAGCCCAAUAUUUCGACACGUAGCACUUCCCCUGUUUUUCCAUUGUUUCUUUGUAGUACAUAGUUGUAACAUUGCUGUUCACUGUUUUUUUAACGCAUUGUUCAAACAGGUUCUACGUGAUAGUAUUUUUCUUUAAUUUUCUCUUCUCUUUACUUCUGGAGUCAGAACAGUUACUGUCUAUUUGUAAACCAAAGUAUCAUAAUCGUGCUUCCUCUUUUUAGUCUAAACCGCAACACCCAGGUGCAGAUUGAAUCUUUAUUCAUGCAAUGAUUCUUGCUUGGAGAAAUGUAGUAAUCAAAGAUCACGCACUUUGUUGAGAAUAAAAAACAGAAAUGUUUAUUUAGGAGAAGAGCCACACAGAAAACCAG